AUGACGGUCAUAACCCGCACCCGUCUAAAAGACGACAUCAUCUUCCCGGCCGACAUCGAGACCCCCAAGUCGUUGGGCAUGGGCGUGCUCAUCGCGCUGCUCGCGGCGUUUGGCUCCGCGGCGCUCGUGGCCGCCAUCUUUGCCGUCAUCUACUUUUUCCGCUACACGUCGCGCGGGCGCAUCCUGCUCGACCGGAUAGGGAGGCCCGGCGAGUAUGAUGACGAGCAGGCGCUGGCGAGGGAGGAGGCGGAUGCGCUCGAGGAGAUGGACGAGAUCUCGAGGGAGGACUAUUUUAGGGCGAAGGCGUUCAUAGAGGCAAACCCGCCCGACUCGGUGCCGACGGAUAUAUCGCUGUCGCAGUUCCUGGCGAUCCAGGAGAAGGGCGUGUCGGCGUGGGAGUUUGAGGCGGAGCUCGAGAUUGCGAAUUGCUUUGUGGAGGCCCGGACGGAGAUUGAGUUCUACGACAGCGUGUGCUCCGUGCAGAGCAAUCUGCCCGUGCCGAAGCAGAACGAGGUCUACUACUGGGAGGCGAAGCUCUACGAUAAGCCCGAGAGCACGCUCGUGUCAAUUGGGAUGACCACGAAGCCGUAUCCGAUGUUUAGACUGCCUGGCUGGCAUAAGCACUCAAUCGCCUACACGUCUACCGGCCACCGCCGCCACAACCAGCCCUUCAACGGCACCACAUACGCGCCCCCCUACCACCAAGGCGACGUCAUCGGCGUCGGCUACCGUCCCCGCACCGGCACCAUCUUCUUCACGCGCAACGGCAAAAAGCUCGACGACGCCGCCCACGGCCUCAAAUCACUAAACCUCUUCCCCACCAUCGGCGCCAACGGCCCCGCCUCCAUCCACGUCAACUUCGGCCAGCUCGGCUUCGUCUUCAUCGAAGCAAACGUCAAGAAAUGGGGGCUCGCCCCCGCCUCCGGCUCCCUCGCACCACCACCCCCAUACGGCUCCGAGCAGGGCAGCAUCCUCCUCGAAACGGGCCAGCGCGGCCAGCAGCAGCAGCACCACCACCACCACCAACAGGGCUACUUUGAGCAUCCGCCGCCACCGCCGCCGCCACCACCAUCGUCGGCGGCGGCGGCUGCAGCGCACCAGCCCGCGCGCGGGAGGAGUAGCAGCACCCUCCACACGAAUGUGCGUGUGGGGUCUGGCGCGCCGGGGACGACGUCGUCGUCGUCGGCGGCCGUCACGCCGACGUCGCCGGGCCCGCAGAGGAGCCCCACGGAUAUCUCGUUGGCGAAUAUCAGCUUUGAGGCGACGCAGGCGGCGCGCGGCGCGAGCCCGCCGCCGGAUUAUAGCUCGCAGGACAGCUCGAGCGAUAGCAGCGAUGAGAGCGACGAGGACGGGAGGAGGAGGGUCGGGGAUCGGGAGAGACUGCUGGGCGUGGUUAAUGUUGGACGGAGGUCGCCGACGCCGGCGUAUGGGGAUGUGGUGAGGGAGGGUGCUGCGGGAGCGGGAGCGGGAGCGGGGAUUGGGGGGAGGGGACGGAGUGGGAGUGCGCCGGCGGGGCCGAGUGGGGGACAUGCGGCGUUUAGGGUGUUUUAG